GUAAAACAAAAUAGAAAAUAGAAAACAACCAAAAACACACACAAACACACUUUGAUUCUAUGGAGUUUUCACUUUGUAUAUACAAAAUCCUAUUUUCAUCGCUUACCCUUUAUUUCUGUUUUUUGGUUGUGCCGCCACUGUUCUAUGCGCCUCCACCACCACCACCACCACCACCCUGUGCCAACGCUUCCACUUCCUUCUCAUUUUCUCUCUCCUAGGGUUUCUCCAGGUUUUUCUCUCACUUUCCGAGCUGGAUUCUCUCUCCUUCAUCUUGCGAAUCUCCAUGCGCCGCUGGUUCAGCGGGUUUGUUGAUUAGACGAGAACAAACAAACUCUAUCUCUCUUUCCCUCGAUCCUUAAACCGCAUAAAGUGUAAAAAACCUAGGGUCUUAAGUUUUGACAAGUCCAUAAUUUAUAGCAUUCCUAUGGUUUUCUCAAUUAGGGCAAAGAAAGAAGAAAACUUUGAUUGCUCUAUGUAGGAUUUUAUUUUUAAUUUUUCUAGGGUUUUGGUGGAUUUGGAUGGCAUUGGGAGAUUUAAUGGCGUCUAGGUUUUCUUCUACGCAAUCAUCUGUUGCUGCUGCUGCUUCUGCUGUAGUGUCUAAUCAUUACGAUGAUUACUCCUCUGCUGCUGCUACUACUACUAAUGGCGAGGAUGCUGUUGUUGGAGAUUUGAUGUCGCAAAGAAGAGAUUCAGAUACUACUACUAGCAGUUAUGGGAAUGUUAGUAAUAGUAAUAAUGCUGUUACGGUUACAAGUAUGGCUUAUUUACCUCAGACUAUGGUAUUAUGUGAGCUUCGACAUGUUGCUUUUGAAGCUUCUGUUCCUACUGGUCCUUCUGAUAGUGGUCUUGUUUCCAAGUGGCGGCCCAAAGACCGAAUGAAGACGGGAUAUGUAGCUCUAGUUUUAUGCUUAAAUAUCAGUGUUGAUCCACCUGAUGUUAUUAAGAUAUCUCCUUGUGCCAGAAUGGAGUGCUGGAUAGAUCCAUUUUCAAUGGCACCUCAAAAAGCUCUUGACACAAUUGGGAAAACCUUGAGUGUGCAGUAUGAAAGAUGGCAACCUAAGGCUCGUUAUAAAGUGCAACUUGAUCCUACUGUGGAAGAGGUUAAGAAACUUUGUAAUACAUGUCGAAAAUAUGCAAAGUCAGAGAGAGUUCUUUUCCAUUAUAAUGGUCAUGGUGUUCCAAAGCCUACUGCCAAUGGUGAAAUCUGGCUAUUCAACAAGAGCUAUACACAGUAUAUCCCCUUGCCAAUCAGUGAUCUUGAUUCCUGGUUGAAGACUCCAUCGAUAUAUGUUUUUGAUUGCUCUGCUGCUGGGAUGGUUGUCAAUGCCUUUUUAGAGCUUCAUGACUGGAAUUCUUCCAGCUCUACUGGAUCUGUGAAGGACUGUAUUUUGCUUGCUGCCUGUGAAGCACAUGAGACUCUUCCUCAGAGUGCAGAAUUUCCUGCUGACGUGUUUACUUCUUGCCUCACCACACCAAUCAAGAUGGCAUUGAGAUGGUUCUGCAAGCGUUCAUUACUACACGAGUCCCUUGAUUAUUCACUUAUAGAUAAAAUACCUGGUCGGCAAAAUGACCGGAAAACAUUACUGGGAGAAUUGAAUUGGAUUUUUACAGCAGUGACAGACACAAUUGCCUGGAAUGUUCUCCCUCAUGAUCUUUUUCAAAGACUGUUCAGACAAGAUUUAUUAGUUGCCAGUCUGUUCAGAAAUUUUCUACUGGCUGAGCGAAUUAUGCGUUCUGCUAAUUGUUCUCCAAUUUCUCAUCCAAUGUUACCGCCAACUCAUCAGCAUCAUAUGUGGGAUGCAUGGGAUAUGGCUGCUGAAAUUUGCCUCUCUCAGCUUCCGUCUCUGGUUGAGGAUCCUAAUGCAGAGUUCCAGCCAAGUCCUUUCUUCACUGAACAGCUGAUGGCUUUUGAGGUUUGGUUGGAUCAUGGAUCUGAAGAUAAGAAGCCGCCGGAGCAGCUGCCAAUUGUUCUUCAGGUUCUACUUAGCCAAUGCCAUCGGUUUAAAGCGCUGGUGCUUCUUGGGAGAUUCCUGGAUAUGGGGUCCUGGGCAGUGGAUCUGGCGUUAUCUGUUGGAAUAUUUCCAUAUGUUCUGAAGCUGUUGCAAACAACAACACCAGAACUAAGGCAAAUUCUUGUAUUCAUAUGGACAAAAAUUCUGGCACUUGAUAAGUCAUGCCAAGUUGAUCUUGUUAAGGACGGGGGGCAUACAUAUUUUAUCAGGUUUCUUGAUAGCAUGGAAGCAUAUCCGGAACAGCGAGCAAUGGCUGCAUUUGUUUUGGCUGUUAUUGUUGAUGGACACCGAAGGGGUCAGGAAGCUUGUAUUGAAGCUGGUUUAAUUCACGUGUGCUUGAAGCAUCUUAGGGGUUCAAUGCCGAAUGAAGGUCAAACUGAACCGCUAUUUCUUCAAUGGCUCUGCCUAUGCCUGGGGAAGUUGUGGGAGGAUUUCACAGAGGCACAAAUAAUAGGUUUGCAGGCAGAUGCACCUAGUAUAUAUGCUCCUCUACUCUCCGAGCCCCAACCUGAGGUUAGGGCUUCUGCUGUGUUUGCACUGGGUACCCUGCUUGAUAUUGGGGGUGAUGCAUGUCGAGAUAGUGUUGCAGGCGAUGAGGAAUAUGAUGAUGAUGAAAAAGUUAGAGCUGAAAUUAGCAUUGUUAAAAGUCUUCUGAAUGUUGUUUCAGAUGGCAGCCCACUGGUCAGGGCAGAGGUUGCUGUAGCUCUAGCCCGCUUUGCAUUUGGCCACAAGCAGCACCUCAAGUCAAUUGCUGCAGCAUAUUGGAAACCUCAGUCAAAUACUCUUCUGAACUCCUUACCUUCUUUGGCCCAUAUCAAAGGUACAGGUAUUCUUUCAUCUCAAAUUGGUCCUUUAACGAGAGUUGGCAAUGACAACCCAUCAGUGGUUCGGGAUGGAAGAGUCUCCACUAGCAGUCCACUUGCUACAUCUGGAAUAAUGCAUGGUUCGCCGUUAUCUGAUGAUUCAUCUCAACAUUCUGAUUCUGGUAUGUUGAAUGAUGUGGUCAGCAACGGGGUCGCUCACCAUUCGAGGCCCAAACCGUUGGAUAAUGCAAUGUAUUCACAGUGUGUACUGGCUAUGUGUACUUUGGCUAAGGAUCCUUCUCCACGCAUUGCCAACCUUGGCCGGAGAGUGCUAUCCAUUAUUGGGAUUGAGCAAGUAGUGACAAAUCCUGUUGCCUCCGCUGGUGGUAGCGGUCGGCCUGGUGAACCUACAACUUCAUCUCCAUCUCCAAGUCUUGCAGGACUAGCUCGUUCAUCAUCAUGGUUUGACAUGAAUGCAGGUCAUUUGCCUUUAACAUUCAGAACUCCUCCUGUCAGUCCUCCUCGACCAAGUUAUCUAACAGGGAUGCGCAGAGUUUGUUCUUUAGAGUUCAGGCCACACCUAAUGAGUUCUCCAGAUUCAGGAUUAGCUGAUCCUCUUUUAGGUUCUGUUGGACCUUCUGGGGGCUCAGAACGGAGUUUACUUCCUCAAUCAACUAUUUAUAACUGGAGUUGUGGUCACUUUUCAAAGCCACUUCUUAAUACAGCAGAUGACACUGAAGUAAUGUUGGUUAAAAGAGAAGAGAGGGAGAAAUUUGCAAUGGAUCAUAUUUCGAAAUGUCAGCACUCAUCUGUUAGCAAGUUAAAUAAUCAAAUUGCAGGCUGGGACACAAAGUUUGAAACUGGCACAAAGGCAGCAUUGUUGCAUCCUUUCUCUCCUAUUGUCAUUGCUGCUGAUGAGAAUGAAAGGAUCAGGGUAUGGAAUUAUGAGGAUGCAGUGCCCCUCAAUGGAUUUGAUAAUCAUGCUUUUCCUGACAAAGGAAUUUCUAAGCUCUGCCUUGUAAAUGAGCUUGAUGACAGUUUGCUUCUUGUUGCUUCAUGUGAUGGAAAUAUUCGGAUUUGGAAAGAUUAUACUAUCAAGGGUAAACAAAAGCUUGUCACUGCUUUUUCUUCAAUCCAGGGUCACAAACCUGGUGUGCGGAGUUUGAAUGCUGUUGUGGAUUGGCAACAGCAAUCUGGAUAUCUGUAUGCCUCUGGUGAGUUAUCUUCCGUCAUGCUUUGGGACCUCGAUAAAGAGCAACUUGUUAAUUCUAUUCCAUCAUCAUCUGAUUGCAGUAUCUCAGCAUUGUCUGCUUCUCAAGUUCAUGGGGGUCAAUUUGCUGCUGGUUUCGUGGAUGGUUCUGUCAGAUUAUAUGAUGUCCGGACACCUGAAAGGCUUGUUUGUGCUAAGCGGCCCCAUACGAGAGCAGAAAGAGUUGUAGGGAUUGGCUUUCAACCUGGUCUUGAUCCUGGGAAGUUUGUCAGUGCAUCUCUGGCUGGUGACAUUGAAUUCCUGGAUAUCAGAAAUCCUAGAGAUACCUACUUAACGAUUAAUGCUCACAGGGGCUCACUUACGUCUUUAGCUGUUCAUCGGCAUGCUCCUACCAUCGCCAGUGGCUCAGCAAAACAAAUUAUUAAAGUAUUCAGCUUGGAGGGUGAAGUACUGGGCACUAUUCGGUAUUACUCAACUUUCAUGGCCCAGAAGAUUGGACCUGUUAGCUGUCUCACCUUCCAUCCGUACCAAGUACUGCUUGCGGCUGGUGCUGCAGAUGCUUGGGUUUCGAUAUAUACUGACGAAAACUCUCAAGCAAGAUAAAUGGACAUUUUUAUGGUUUGAUGGAGUUAUCUUGUUGGGUGGUGGAGCAAGCUAACGGGGUUCUUGUUAAGGUCACACGUGCUGUUUUUUGAGUGCAAUUUGCUCAUUGGACGUGACAUAUUCCAGCGGGCCAAUCCUGCUGGGCUGGAAUCUUGGUCUGGCUCCACCUUCAGAAAUUGUAUGCUACAUAUUCGUUAGCCUCCAGUGUAGAGGGUCUUACAAGAUGGAAAGAAAUCCUGCAUAUUCGUGGGUGGGGGCUUUGGCUAAUAAUUGUUAUAUGGGUAAAUGUGUGUAAAUAGCUUUUCCAUUUUCGUGUGUUUAUUGAUCUGUCCAAUCCCUUUGUUCAUUGUAAAAGCAACACUGUCAUCAUAAUUUAAGUGUUGCAGACAGUUGUUGAUAUGGAUACAAAUCCCCCUGAAAUGUGGGGAAUUCAACU